CUCUCAAAACGCUCGCACCAAUAGCAAGGCCACUGUACCUGCUGCGCAGUUUACAGUAACAGUGCCUGGUUGGUUGGAGUAGGAGCAAAGCCGUUUAUAACGCAACUGGAGUCUGUUUGAGUUUUAAGACUCCGUAUAUUAAACUUUCAAGGAAUACGGAUACUAUUUGACUUGGACUAGGAAAACACUUCACUUUUUGUUUUUUUUGUUUCAGCCUUCAUUGGAUUUCUCGGUUUAUCAGGGAGGAUUCUGUCAGAGGUUGCGCCGACCAAAGCGAGCUGCGAGUCGGCUUUUUCAGCAGGGAUUUUAACAGCAGUCCAAUUUCUUCUAAUUGUGUGAAUCUUAGAAACAUCGACAAAAAAUAAGAGGUGGACAAAGGAUAAAGACUGUUUUAUUGACUCUACACUUGAGAAACAGACUAUGUUGGGGAACGUGGCGCUCUACGCUGCUAAGAAACGGAAGAAGCCUGUUCAGAAAGUUCCAAAGCCCAAUAACCACGAUGGCAUCAAGUCCAACCCGUCAAAGCGUCACAGGGAUCGGUUGAACGGCGAACUGGACAAGCUGACCAACCUGCUGCCCUUCUCUGAUGACGUGCGGGCACGGCUGGACAAGCUGUCUGUCCUUCGCCUCAGUGUCGGUUACCUGAAGGUCAAGAGCUACUUCAGCGCCACCAUGAAGAAAAACAGCUCCAUGUGGGGAGGGAACAGACUGACCAACCUGGCAACCACGGCCACCUCCUUGGACGGAGUCAACUUCUCUGAGGGGGAUCUCCUGUUGCAGGCCCUGAACGGCUUCAUCCUAGUGGUCACGGCAGAGGGCUAUGUCUUCUACUCCUCUCCCACCAUCCAGGACUACCUCGGCUUCCACCAGUCGGACGUGGUCCACCAGAGUGUGUUUGAGCUGAUCCACACGGACGACAGAGCCAUAUUCAGGAGGGAGCUGCACUUCGCCCUCAACCCCAAUCAGUUUGAGGGGGAGCAGGGCUCCGAGGUAGCCACACAGGACAACAGCAGUGAAAUCACCAGCAACAUUGUGAGCUACAACCCUGACCAGCUUCCUCCUGAGAACUCCUCCUUCCUGGAGAGAAGCUUCGUCUGUCGCUUCCGCUGUCUCCUAGACAACUCCUCGGGAUUCCUGGCCCUAAACUUCCAUGGGCGUCUGAAGUACCUCCAAGGCCAGACCAAGGUGUCCGAGGACGGGACCAUAAGCCACCCCCAGCUGGCCUUGUUUGUCAUCGCCACCCCGCUCCAGCCCCCCUCCAUCCUGGAGAUCCGGGCCAAGACUCUGCUCUUCCAGACCAAGCACAAGCUGGACUUCUCACCCUUGGGCAUAGACACCAGGGGGAAGGUGGUCUUGGGCUACAGCGAGAUCGAGCUGUGCAUGCGUGGCUCAGGAUACCAGUUCAUCCACGCAGCUGACAUGAUGUACUGUGCAGACAACCAUGUGAAAAUGAUUAAGACAGGGGAAAGCGGCCUCACCGUGUUCCGGCUGCUGACCAAAGGGGGGACCUGGGUGUGGGUUCAGGCCAACGCCCGGCUGGUCUACAAGAACGGCAGGCCCGACUUCAUAGUCGCACGACAGAGAGCUCUGACAAAUGAAGAAGGCGAGGAGCAUCUCCAUGUGAGACGACUGCAGCUGCCCUUUAACUUUGCCACGGGGGAGGGAGUUCUGUACGAGGUGGGCCCCUCCCUGGACAUUGCAGACAUCCCCACUCAGUGCAAAGCCCCCAAGAUCAGGAAGGUGGUGGAGGACUUGUCCCUGGACCCCAGCUCUCUCCUGGCCUCCCUCCUCCACCAGGACCAGUCUUUCUACCGGCAAACCAGCGAUCCCAACUCCAUGUCUGCCCUCAACGACGUGGCCUUCAAAGACAGCCACGCUCUCACCAGCGUGCCCGGAGAUACCUGGCAGCAUCCGCCGGCCAAGCCCAGCGCCCUGCUGAAGGAGGAGGCCACCCUCCAGGACAUGAUGGAGACCCUGCAGCAGAUCAUCGGGGACGAUAGCGUGUGCUCCACCUUGGACGUGGACCCCGUGGAGCUGAAGGACUGGGAGAACACCCUGCUGAAGGUGAACACCAUGAACGCCAACAGCUGUGAACUCCCCGACGACUUCAACGAAAUCCUCAGCAAUGACAUCUUUUCCUACGUGGAGGAUCACCUCCUCCAGGUGAGUGGUCUUCAAAGACCUGGCGAGCUCCCCUCUCCAGGGGACCUUGGUAACCCUCUCCUGGAGCCCCUAACCUGCCUCCCUAUCCUGGAUCUGCAGCCCCCACUGCUACCUGGGAACCAGAACUUCAACUGGACCAUGGAGCCACAGAGCCAGUUCCUGGGGAACAGAGGGCCUGGUCCUAUUGGGGGCACGAUGAAGCUGACGCACAUAGGUCCCCAUGUGGGCUCUGGAGCUCUGAACGGCCCCCUUCAGCCGACAGCCACAAACAGCACUUUCUCCCUGUCACUGGGAGGAGUUGACCCUCGGCUCAACACUCCUAACAGCUUGGGGCUGAAGACCCAAGCAGGGUUCAACCCUGCCCUGGAGGGGUCAUGUUCCCGGAUCCAAAACACACUUAUGCAGAGCCUCCAGGCCUCCCAGGUUCAGUCCAGCUCUCCGUGGCUGAACGGUCUCGGUUCUGGUUCUCUGAGGCAGAUGCAGCCAGGCUCUCAAACCACUGGUAGGCAGCUCCACCCGAGCGCAGUGACUGUUCCAAUUCAGAACUUUGUGCAGCAGGGAGUACCUACUCAAGCAAUGGGCUUUCAGAACUCUGGGAAGCAAUCAAACCACCUUGGCCCCUGUCAGGAAAACCAGUGGAUGCCAUCUAUCUCCAAAUCAGCCAUGUUGGAAACGUAUGGCCAGAGUAUUUCAAGUCAGCAGGAUAUCAUUGUCGAUCCUUUAUCCAGAGCUAACUGCUUACAAGAAAACGUUUCCCUUCAGACCCAGAACAGCUUGAAUCAAAGACAUCCUUGGCAGCAACAGCGAGAACAACAACGACAGCUGCAGCAGCCACAGCAGCUGCCCAUAUCGUUACAAAACGGACACAAAGCCAUGGACGGACGUUUUAACAAGGUGCCUGAAUUCCAAAGAGACUCUCUUCCGGGACAGGUUCCCCAGAACUCUCAGCACUACCAGGCCAUGUACCAGGCUCAAAUGCACCCCAGUGUGGCUUUCACUCCUCUUGAAGAUUUAGGGACCCAGUCUAUGGUUCCUUCCAACAGCUGUAUGUUCCAGAGCCAGCCCCCAGUCCCUGUCAACAAAGUGCACGGAAGCAUCACAGGCCUGGGCUCCUUGGGCCCUUCCUGUCAGAGGAUGAAGGCCCCCGAAAGCCAGAGCUCCUCUCAGGCAUCCUGUUACUUCCAGAGGAACCCCAACCCUGGUGGUCCUGCAGCGGAAACGUCCGCCGGCCCUCAGGAAGACACCGCCAUCAACCCCCUGUCCUGUCAGCUGACACCAGGUCUCCCCACCGACAGCCUGCUGUCUCAGCAGCACUACCUCAACUGCAUCCCGCACACACAGAUCAAGAGUAGUCCAAAGGAGGAAAAUGGGUUGUUUCCCCUUCCAACUUUGCCAAGUCAAACUACAUAUUUCUCAGAGAACAGUCAAACAAACUGCGGUGACUUCUAGGUAGGAAUAGCAUGUCUAGCAGCAGACAGAGAGAGAUAGGCUCUCAUCUUUAAACUGGGACAGACGCAGACUGAAAGCUUGGUCACCACCAGGAAGCCUUGCUCUGAGGGCGAGGAGAGAGACCAGAACUGUUCUGCUCUCUCCAUACUUAAGUCCCACAUCUGGAAACAGCCUAAAGAAAAGGAACUUGGACAUCAGAAGACAUCAUGUUCUUGCACCAAAUGUCACUGGAGUUUUCCCUUGUCUCCUCAAACCCUGGGUAGGAUUAACCCCGACAGUGCUCUUAACCAAACCAAAUGAUCCAUUGUUCUGAUUUGUCUGCUCGUUGGACAUUGAUUCAUUUACUGGUGUUAGUUCAGUUAGUUUUUGGAAAGUAAUGUUUUAGGUUUCCGUUUAAGGAAAGGUAAUGUGAACAGUUUGUAAUUGACCAACAACAGGUGAGAUUAUGAAGUAACAGUGAUGAAAGUUUUGGUGCAACAAAUAAGGCAGGAUUCUAUCUGCUUUCAGAAAAAAAUCUGGAUUCUAUUCAGGCAAAGUAAAGAGGAAUACUUGUAUCUGAAACAAUAUAAUUGUUCAUGCAUCUGUAUAGGAUUGUAAGACAUAGAUGAGAUUAAGAAAUGUAAAAAUGGAGAGGAUACGAACCGUAUGUAUAGAUGUUACAUACUUUGUAUGAAGGCAGGCAUUCCCCACAAUUACAAUUGGGUUAUUAAGUGUGAUAACUUGCAGAUUCUUGCAGUAAUCUGAAGGAAAUUUGAAAAGAUUCAUUUUUUCUUAAAAUAGAUUUAAUCAUACGUUUCAUGUCUUGGACCACCUGGAUCCUUGCCACAUGCGACAGAUAUUCAAUUUUUGAUAUUGUAUUAUGAUUACUCAGAAUGUCAUGAUAAAAAAUUACAGCUCUUUUUUUGUUUUUUUUUUGUUUGAAAUUGCAUAUUUUAUAUUUUUAUAAGCAUUUAAUCAAAGUUUUUUUGAGCCAUUUGUGUCCUGUUAUUUUAAAGUGCCUUUGUACACUUACAUCUGUAUUUGUUUUUGCUUCUGUUCUGUAGAAAAAGAAAAAAAAAACUAGAAGGAGUGAGUUGCCUAACUGACCCAUUAGAGUUCCAGUAGCCAGUUGAAGAGAUGUAAGUUGGAGACUCUAGUCAAUUUGAGAUACUGCUCAACAUAUAGGCCAUUAAAUGGUCAUGUCUUUCUUGAUACAAGCUGUUUUGUUUGAUAUGUUUCAUUUCAGACAGAUUGCCAAAUUGCCAAAGCAUAGGAUUGAUUUUUUAUUUGUUGUAGCAAUUCUGUCAGUUUAAUGAACUAGAAUGUAGCAUUAGUCACACAGAAAUAAUAUAAGACAAACAAAUAAGAAAGAACCACUACUCAGAAUAAGAUGUUGAUUUUUCUCUCCGAUACCAAAUUGGGAAAACGUUUUACUUUGUUGUCACUUCUGUGAUUCAUUUAUUGCCUGUUUUGUUGAAAAGUGGUGUGUUUGGAACCCCACCCUGAUUAUACAAGGAAGUGAUCUACAAGUAAGGCAGCUACUCUGACUAGUCAGCGAAUUCAGCAUCGAUUAAAUAUAUUCAGGGUGAUAAAGAGUUUAGAGAAACGUUAGGCAGGGCAGGGAACUGAAACCACAUGACAUGUUCUUUAGCCAUGUGGAAUGGGGAUACCAAGUGCCUUAGACUUGUUUAAUGUUGAAAUAAGACAUGAAACAUAAUUAGUUUGUACUAUAUAUUUUUUAAUAAAUCCUAUGUUUGGACAUAGUUUCAAGUGGGAAAGCUCUACUCUUGAUUAAUAUAAUUUGUCCGCUGGUGUGGAUAGAUCUGUGAAAUCUGUCACAGUGCCAAUUUUCAAAGUGUAGUGUUACAUUUUCCUGCCUGCAGACUUUUGAACACCUGAAGCACUAGUUACAUUACAUAUAUUAAUUUCAUCCUCCGGAAUCGAGAUAAUAUGCAGUAUCAAUGUAUUGUGUAUAUUGUUAUUAAUUUGUUAUUUUUAUGUCACAUGGCCUUUAUAAGCCAUUCACACCUGUCAUGUACUUUUGUAUCUUUCCUGCACAACGUGUGUCUUUAAAACAUUCUUGUAUGUCUCUUUAGUAUGAUUAAGUUAAUUAUGGCUUUUGUUGUAUUUUGCUUUUAACCAUGUAUCAGCCGCCAUGCUUUACUCAUUUCAUCUCCACGAUAUUAAAGAGGUUUUUAUGUACUCAUAAA